UUCAAUCACCACAUAAAAUAACACAAUAAACACGCAGUGUCCUGGUACAUCCUCGUUGUGGCACGCAUUGGAAUGACAUUAUGUAAAACUAAACUCAGUGUGCGUGUAUGUAUUUGUGCGUGCAUGUGUUUUGUGUGUGUAUUUUGGCCAGCAAAAUGGAAACAAAGGAGGUUAUACAUUAUUUAUAAGGUCAGUCAGGUGCCAACAGUGCUUGAAGGCUCAUCUGAACCAGACUGCUGCCAUCUGACCCAGCAUGCCUGCAACAGACAUGAUCUAUCUGUUUGAAUGUUUUCCUGUAUUUACUUGAUUCUGUGUUUACAUGCAAUAUAUUCAGCAUUCAGCAUUCAGCAAACGUUGUCUCGCCUUACAUUAAAUACAGCAAUGCAGCUUUACUGAUGCUUUAAAUUCAACUUUAUUAACCAAAUGCUCUUUGCUUCCAUGUCCAUGCACUUGUUUGGCUCUUUUUGGAUCAUGUUUCCACACUAAUUUUCAACUCCAAUUAACAAUCACUUGUAAGAAGGCAAGAGAGAGAAACCUGAGAAAUAUUGCAUCACAGCUUCCCUGCUAAUGUGUCUUUGGUUUCUUGCAGCUGUAUAUUGAGCACCCCUCAAGCGUGGCUCAAUUCAGUAUUUACUUUUCCUUAUUGGAAUAAAAAAGGUCUUAGGUAUCUUACCUCAGUCCCACUUCUCCUGCUCCUUCUGCUGCUGUUCAUAAUUUUCCUAUAUGAGCACGAUACUGCACCUCACCUCUCUCCUGCAGGCUGCAGCUCUGGGUAACUGAUCUGCUGAGUGGAUCAAGUUGUUGGGGAAGAGAAGACCUGCAGCUACAGAGCUACUUAACAUAGCAGAUGCAUUUGUUGCAUUAUAGUGCAAAGACAACUGUGAUUAUGAUUCUUGCUUAACUUUAACUUUAACCUUAAAAAAUGCCUUCACCAUAAAAUUCCAUGAUUUACACAGCACAGAUUUCUUUGCUCCUCAGGCAAGACGACUCCCCAUCAUGUGACUUUGUAAACAGAUUUUGGUCCCCAGAGCAUGAGUAAUACCUGGGCAACACAGACACACACACAGACACACACACACACACACAGACACACACCCACACAAAGUGUCACCAUUACCCUAACCCUGUGUGAACUUACAUUGCUUUUCUAUAGUCAAAUUCUAACCUUAACUGUGGUUACUACUUGCUAUACCCUAACCCCCCAUCUUAAACCUGACCUUAAUCUAAACCUAAACCUAAAUCUAUUUUAAAAUAUAGGACAGAUGGUGAGUAUCCCUUGUCUGUUUGAAGGUCUUCUGCACAAUUUAAGUUUCCAACUACCAUUUAGAUGGUGUUAAUGGACAUAACGAUACAGGACGAACGUGAAGGUAGGCUGAGGAUAAAGCCAAAUCUGGCUUGUAUAGCUGUACUAUGAAAGACGUAGUACUUAAGCCAUUUAAGAUCUUGAACAGAUUUUGGUCCCAAAAGCAUGAGUAAUACCUGGGCCUCAGACCAACACACACACAAGUCUUAACCCUCAAACAGCCCCACUAAUAAAGUGAGGACUGGUCCAAAUGUCCUCAAUCUGUAGGAUCUAUGCUUAAAAUGGUCCUCACAAAGAUAAACUAACACACACACACACGCACACACAAGCACGCACACACACCGCACCUACACACACACACACACACAUGUUCUACAAGAAAAGACCAACAAAGACUACGGAUGGUUACAUAAUAAAUGACAAAUCAUCUGUAAAAUCUGAGUCACGCCCCUUAGAUCAAGCAUGUCUCUGUGUGUGUGUCUGUGUGUGUGUAUUUCUGUGUGAGUGUGUGCGCGCAGCCUCUCGGAGCCGUGUGAUUGGACGAUCCUCCGGUCGUUACCAGGGGCGUGGAGCCGAUCGGGCUGAAUGGUGGACACAUUAGCGCGGCUCUCACCGGUGCUUUACCCUAACGGAGGCGGAGAGAGACGCACGGUGACAGGCGAAGCCGUCCCACACGUAACUCAAUUAAUCUCCGAGGGGAACGACGACGACGGCGGAGCAAGAGAAGGAAUCCGCGGGGUGCUCCACUCGCAGCGGCCCGGCUCUUUCACGACACCCUCCGUGGAGACAGCAGCAGCCGAGACGGGGAGGGAAGAGCGGAGACUCCCCGGCAACACCGGGAUGCGAGGACCCGGGGGAAGGGGAUGAGCACAUGAGAGCGUGGUCGUCAUUUUGUUUUUAAACCGACACUAUGCGGUGGGUCUCGCCUCAGUUAAGACUUUGAAGCGGGGGGCUUGCUCGCGGUCCACCGGCUGCUAACGUGAGGAUAACACGCAGAUAGGGCGUUUUUUUUAAAGUCCGCCUUUUGUCGUGGACGCUUGCUAACGUUAGCGUGCGGUUCUCCGGCCACCGGACCUGGCGGGUUCACCGUGUUUUCGCUAGCGGGGACUUUAGCCGAGCCUUCCUCGCCCCAGCAAAUGAAGCCUCACCAUCCCUCCCGGUGUCGUUAGGGGCCUCCACCGGGUUACUGCGUCACCGAGUGGGCGCAGCAGGUAUCCACCUCUUGAGUCUUCACGCUGGGAAGCCAAGCCAUGGCAAGGAUGACCUGGAAACCAAAGUGAACCAACCUUCAAAUCGCAAUGGAGCUGGAGGCUAAUUCAAACUCCGAGGCCCAACCAGAACUGAAUCCAUCUGUGUCCAACUCUCAGUGUGAAACGGCCAUGGGCGAUGGGAAUAUCAACCUGGUGGACCCGGUGGUGAGAGGUGGCAGCGACUCCAGUUCUUGCCCAUCCUCAACCAGCUAUCAGAGGAAUGUGCAUCAGAGAUUCAUCAGGAGGAAUCUGUGGUUCUCGGACAUGGACGAGCAGGCCUUCGAGGCACCCGAAUGUGACAACAGGAGUAAGAUCCUGAAUAUAAACCUGCGAACAAUAGUGGACAGGACUCUGGCGACUACCUGCGGGAUACAGGAGGCGUCCAGCACCGAGAGCCCAGGUAGGCAGAAAGACGGUGCAACGGAGAGCACCGCUGCUGAUGAGGAGAAGGAGAAACCUGGAGAUGUGUUGAGUGCUACUUGCAGCAACGGUGCUAAAUCCGCUAUCAAGGCCUCCAGUGAGGAGACUGAGGAGGAGGCCGAGAUGAAGGCGGUCUCCACAUCUCCAGGAGGAAGGUUCCUCAAGUUUGACAUUGAACUGGGGAGAGGGUCCUUCAAGACGGUCUACAAGGGCCUGGAUACAGAGACCUGGGUGGAGGUGGCCUGGUGUGAGCUGCAGGAUCGUAAGCUGACCAAAAUGGAGCGUCAGCGCUUUAAGGAGGAAGCGGAGAUGUUGAAGGGUCUCCAGCAUCCCAACAUUGUCCGUUUCUAUGACUUCUGGGAGUCGCCCCUUAAAGGGAAGAAGUGCAUUGUUCUAGUCACAGAGCUCAUGACGUCAGGGACGCUAAAAACCUAUCUAAAGCGUUUCAAGGUAAUGAAGCCCAAGGUGCUGAGGAGCUGGUGCAGACAGAUCCUGAAAGGCCUCCACUUUCUUCACACCAGGACCCCACCCAUCAUCCAUAGGGACCUCAAAUGUGAUAACAUCUUUAUUACUGGCCCUACUGGCUCAGUCAAGAUAGGGGAUUUAGGACUGGCAACACUCAAGGCAGCAUCAUUUGCAAAGAGCGUCAUAGGCACUCCUGAGUUCAUGGCUCCAGAGAUGUAUGAGGAGCAUUAUGAUGAGGCUGUGGAUGUCUAUGCCUUCGGCAUGUGUAUGCUUGAGAUGGCCACCUCAGAAUACCCCUACUCCGAGUGUCAGAAUGCUGCUCAGAUUUACCGCAAAGUCACAAGUGGAGUGAAGCCAGCCAGCUACAAUAAGGUCAUGGAUCCUGAAAUCAAGGAGAUUAUUGGGGAGUGUAUCUGCCAAAAGAAAGAGGAGCGGUACACCAUCAAGGACUUGUUGAACCAUGCUUUCUUUGCCGAGGACACAGGUGUGAGGGUAGAGCUGGCUGAGGAGGACGAUGGGAAGAAGGCCUCAAUAGCCCUCAAACUGUGGGUGGAGGACCACAAGAAGUUAAAAGGGAAGUACAAGGAGACUGGAGCCAUCGAGUUCGCGUUUGAUUUGGAAAAGGAGGUCCCUGAGUUUGUGGCACAAGAAAUGGUGGAGUCUGGCUUCUUCCACGAGAGUGAUGCUAAGACUGUGGGAAAGUCGAUCAGGGAUCGCGUGGCACUGAUCAAAUGGAGAAGAGAGAGAACAGUGUCUGCUGCAGUUGCAUUGGAUCAGGGUGAAGGAGGACACCGGGUCCAGAUGACUCCGUCUCAGGGCAUCUCAGCUGGGGCUGCACAUGUAGGACAGCCCCCUAUGCUGGAACCAGAUGAGCAAGAUGCAGACACGCACAACAGGCUGUGUAACCUACCAGCCAGUGCCACCUCAGUCACAUCAGACAGCACGCUCGACAGUGGCAUGGGCUCCACUGUGUACUCAGACUCCCACAGCAGCCAGCAGAGUGUCCUCUACCAGUCCCUGCUGGAGCCUAUUACUAUGGCAACGCAGCAGUUCCAGAGCAGUAGUCCUUUUCUCACCGAUCGGCCUCACUCCUGUGAGAAAGGUGAAAUAUGGGGGGGAGCACUGUGUCCAGAGUUCAGGACUCGAUUGGGAACAGCAGCCCGGAGAGGAAGUGCUCCUGUUAUUGACACACGCAGGGCCAACCACAAUGCUCAACUGCAUGCCUUCAGUCAAUCUCGGAGAUCGAUAAGUCCCAGCCCCAGCUUCACAGUACCAGAGACCCAGUACGAAGUAAGUCCCUCUGAGCGUCACUCAGAGGGUGGCGACGGGUUUCCCACCCAGGGUCUUCUGCCUCUGCUGCAGCUCUCCCCUGUGUCGUCACUUUGUGAACAUCGCCGCCUGAGUGACACCGGCAUCAGAAUGACAUCAGAGGCCAGUGAGAACUCAGCCCUACCUGUGCCAAGAGGACGCAGACAUUCUGACCUCAGCAGCCUUCUGAGUGUAACCUGUCAUCAUAAUCACAAUUUUGCAAAGCAUAAACACCACAUGUGCCAGGCCUGCCUCUCUUUGCUUCUUUUGAAGUCACAAGAAGGGAGCCACCGCUACCCUUCUUUUGCGAUGCCAGCACACCACUGUCCAUGUGACUUAAGGCACCAGCAGUCCUCUGGUGGAACCAUGACCCCCCCUGGUUAUGGUCGACCAAAAGGUUCCAGCGAUUGCUCUGAUUUCUCACUGCUGCAGAAGUCCCUGUUCAAUAUAACGGGUCGCAAAGCAGCCCCCUGUCACGCCACACCCACCCAGGCCUCAUUGCUGCAAUUCUCAGCUGCACACAGGCCUGGGAGCAGUGAUGGAGGCAGCAGCAUGAAGAGUCAUCUCCUGGGUGGAAGCUCAGUUGCGGAUCAAGAACCCCUACAGGACAGCAUGAUUAGAUUCAGUGCCAGAGAGCAGCAAGUUACCGGGGCUGUGGGAGUGACCAGUUCUGCAGGGCAACAGAAUCAACAUUCUGUCCAAGGCCUGCCUUCUUCCAGCACAGCAAUGACCACCCCACUGCAGAACGUCCAGCCUGGACACAGUUACCCUGCUGCUCCAUAUACUGGUCCAACUAGUGCUGCAACACCAGCUCCAGUCGGUCAAAGUUUAGUAAACAUUCAGCAUGCAGGCAACGCUGCUGGCUAUCCAUCUCCAACUGUGCAACAGACCCAAGCUGCAGCACUUAUUUCAGCCUCAUCUGUGCCACAACAUGUUGCACAGAGCCACCAAGCAGCAGGCUACCAACAGCAACCGGCAACAGCAGCAAACUCUUCAACCUUUUCUUUGCAAGUCCAACAAACGUGUCAGAACUGUGUGGUUCCCUCUCAACAACAGGCUCCGUCUACGUCAGGAUAUCCUCCAGUUCAGCAACAGUCUACAGCAGAAGCAGCCGCCCUGCCAGCACAUCAGCCUCUUGCAUCUGUGGGCGCAGCUAUUGCAGCCACAGCCCAGUGUCAUCCCGCACACACACUGCAGCAUGUCCAAGCUGCAGUCAAUCUGCCAAGUCAGCAACCUUGUCAGAGCUCCUCCGCACCAGCACUUUACAACCAUCAGAUCCCCGUUCAGCAAGAGCACCCACACCCCUUACCACAAAACACUCAAUCCAGCAUACAAGCACAGAAUGCUGGACAGGCUUAUAUUCAACCUCAACUCCAGCAUAACCAAGAUACUGUGCAUCCCCUACACCAACAAAUUGCACAGCCUAUCCACCAAUCUCAAAGUCAUCAGUAUCACAGUCAGCAGCAAUCGCACACCCCAGCUCUACAACAGAAAGCCAUGCACGCAGCAAUUUUACAUCAAAGCCAGGACGUGUCCCAGUCUACUGUCCAACAUGUUCAGACCACAGCCUCUCAGCCUCAUCUCACAGCAACAUCAGCUGUGAUGGUUUCAGCCACACAUCAGAGUUACCCUGCUGCAGGUCCCCCUGAUGCUGCCUCUCAGAGCUAUGCACACUCUGCAUUCAAUGUCCUGCACCAACAGUCUGCUCCAGCUCAGAGCCAGUACCAUUCUGCACAGCCCACUGCUGCUUCACAGACCUAUGGAGAGGCUACUCAGAUGGUGACUCCUCAGAGCCUUCCUGCCUCUUCCCAGCAUGGCCAGGCUGCACAUAUAUCUCAACAGUUUCAACCCUAUCUUUACAUCGCUGCUCUCCUGAAUCAGAAUAUUCCUGCUGGACAGAGCAUAUCCCAGCUUGGACAAGACGGACAGGGCCAUGCGCAGAAUCUCAGCCAGUAUGCUCCCAGUAUGAUUACCCAGGCACUUCCCCCACAACAGCCAAUGGCCCAGGCUAAUGUCAAUCAACAAUUCCAACCUUUGCAAAUAUUAACCUCUCUACCACCAACACACCAACCCCAGUAUCCCACAGUCCAGGUGAUGACAGCUGUGACUGACUGUGAAUCCUCCUAUCCUUACCCAUACACUGCCCCUCACCCUUCAUCCACCUCUUCUCUUAAUCAUUUCUUUCUUUCUCCCGGACAGACUCUUCCAAUUACCCCCUCUGUCUCCCCUCUCUCUCCUUUACACAUUGAAAGUGCAUUAGUCUCACCCAUCCCAGUGUCCUUCAUACCUUCCCCCUCACCUGGGCUGGGUAACAUGGAACCCACAUCCCCACAGCACCAGCCCAACACUGCUCUGAAGCAGAGUGUUAGAUAUGAAGCUCCACAUUCACAUCCAGCACUUAUAUCUGCAUUAAACACCCAUCCCAUGCACAUGCACAUUUCCCCUUCCCACAACACACACCCUCCCACAAAUGGCAGCACUCAGCCUCUGAUACAGGCCCAGGUCAGCCAUCCUGAGCUUGUCCCCUCUGCUCAGCCAGUCCAGCCGGCACUUUUCUCCUCACCUCUCUAUAAUGGAACUGAUCCAGGCGCAGCCACCACUGUUGCCAAUCUGGACAAGAGUAACCCAUGCCAGCUGGCCCUGCAGGCCCAGAGUCAGGUUCAGAGCCAAAUUCCUGUGCUGCAGCCCUCGGACUCUCAGCAAGCAUCAUCUGGGUCUGCCAGCUCCAGUGUGACUCAGCAGAAACCUCUCGGUUCUCUAACAGGAGCUGCAGAGACCAACACUGAGGAUCAGACCACAGAGAAACACACUGCAGGACAGAGCUAUGACAGUGUCAACUCUGACGCCAUGUCAGGGAAGGAGAUGAGUGACGGCUAUGAGGGGACACAUAAAGGUGAAGGGAAAGUCCGCAAACACCAUCGCAGGUCAACACGCACUCGCUCCCGUCAAGAGAAAACCAGCAGGCCAAAACUCAGCAUGCUCAAUGUGUGUAACACUGGAGAUAAGAUGGUAGAGUGUCAGUUGGAAACUCACAACCAUAAGAUGGUCACAUUUAAAUUUGACCUGGACGGAGAUGCACCAGAAGAGAUUGCUACAUACAUGGUGGAUAACGAUUUCAUUUUACCACUGGAAAGAGAGGUUUUCAUUGAACUGAUGAAGGACAUCGUGGACAAAGCUGAGGACAUACUGAGUGAGGACACAGAGGGUGAGAGGAACUCUGACCCGGGAGGCAGUCCCAAACGGAGCGAAGGAACUGACACACUAGGAACAGAGGUAUCAGCUCCCAGCACCCCCCAGCCGGUGUACCAACAAAAUGUUCUCCAUACUGGGAAGCGCUGGUUUAUCAUCUGCCCCGUAGCAGAGACGCCCAUGCCCGACAACAAGAAGACUGCAUCUCAGAUCACUACAGCCCAGGAAGCUGAAAGCUCUGCUUCAUCAGUCAGGCCCGACUGCAACACAGCUGCAGUGACUACCCUGGUCGCAUCUUUAUCGUCUCAAAACCCACCCUCCUCCUCCCCCGCUCUGCCCCCUGCUGCUCAGAGCUCAGUACAACCUCCAGACCAAAACAAUGGAAAUUCUCGGGUCCAGCAGACUCAGCCCUGUGUAACUAAACAUGCCAUUGCUGCUGCUGGAGUCGGACAUCAGAAAUCCCUUCCUGUGGAAGAACCUUACAUCUCGGCUGUCUCUAUGGUGACGGACAUACCUUGCUGUGCUAUUGUGCCACCUGUCUCUCUGGAUGUGAAUGCCAUUGAUAAAGGAGCAGCUGGAGGUUUGGCCUCGUCUCAGACGAAUCAGCCCAUCGAGAAGGCCAGUCCGACUGAAGAGCUACCCCCUCAGCUCGCCUCCCAUCAGUCUGUGGUCCUGCAGCAACCCUAUGCCACGCCCAUGCAACCUGGGACAGUGACCUCUCAGCCCCAGAGUCCAGCACAUCAGACCUCCCAAAACUCUCAGUCAUCAAGCCACCAGCAGCCCGCAAGUGGGGGGCCAGGAGAGUCAGACAGUGAGGGACCACGCAGGGUGGAGUUUGUUGACCGCACCAUCAAGACUCUGGAUGAGAAGCUGAGAAACCUGUUGUACCAGGAGCAUGCUCCCUCCCAGCCUUCAAGUUCGACAUCUGAUCCCCAGGCCUCCAGCACAGAGGGAGUCGUCACCCCGCCAGUCUCGGAUGGCCAGAGCACUGAGGGAGGACUUGCAAAGAAGAAGGGGGACCCACUGCCUCAGAUUCUGGAGCGCACAGAUAGUGUGGGCGCACUAAGUGACUCUGCAGUUGCAGCUAACAGGGUUUUGAAAGGAAGAGAUGCAAGUGCCAUCUCCACUUCAUACAGAUCCAAAAGCCGUUUUCAAAUCAUUCCCACUUCUCCAGAUGUCAUUUAUGGUUUAGAGAAAAAUAAGACAAACCGCAGCACCUGCAGCUCUACAGCACCCUCUAGUGGUUCUGGAGGGUCUUACAGUCAGAGCCAGGGAAAAGGCAGGAAAGAGAAGGCUUGUGUGGCUGUGGGCAGAUCCAGUGUGGCGACUGCAGCCGACGAGGAGAAAGCCGGAACAUCCAAACCCCACAAUAGUAACCGCUACUCUGCCCCACCAAACUUCUACAACGCCAACCCCACCUCCAGUCCUGAUGUCACCCCGCACCAUAUCCCCCGAGCCAAGACCUUUGACAGUCCGAUGCACAACAACUACGACCACCUCUACUCUGACUCAGCAGACGAGGACAGCAGCAGCAUAGCUCUCCCUCCGGCCCACCCCGCUCCCCCAGCUCAUACCCUGUCUGAGCACAGUGGUAGCGACCUCAUGACGAGGGCAAUGGCCUUCCUACGGCGCACUGGUCGCAGCAAAAGUGAGCAGAGCUCAGAUUCACCAAGCCGACAGCCUGUGGCAAUGAACGGUCACGUGCCCUUGCCUUCAGCAGGACAUGCCCACUCAUCUUACAUCAGCAGUGACAACGACUCUGAGUUUGAGGAUGCAGAUAUGAAGAAGGAGCUACAAAAACUAAGAGAAAAACACAUGAAGGAGAUCUCUGAGCUGCAGGCCUUCCAGAGGGGUGAGAUUGAGCAUCUGUACAAGGAGCUGGGCAAAAGUCUACCUCCAAACGUGGGUUCACUUCAUGCAGCACCCCCAAGUGGCCGGAGGCGUCGGGCCAGCAAACACAAGCUGAAGGCUGGAAAACUGCUCAAUCCGAUGGUGCAGCAACUUAAAAACAAUCUUAACACCGCCACUGAGAGGAAAGGUGAGCGCGGUGCCAGUUCAUCCAGCUCCCCGGCCAAAAGUUCAGUUCUGUCUGAUGGCUCUGACCACUCUAGUGGCUGCUCCAGCUCCAGCAGUCACCCCCAUGCUGCCCCAGAGCAAGUUCACACACAGCAACCCUGUUCCCUGAAGGGCUCGUUUUCCUCAGACAACAUCUACGCUGGACUACAUGGCGAUGGAAUGGCCCCUCAAGCAGGCCCUGGCCAAGGCUGGACGGUUUACCACCAAACGUCAGAGAGAGUCACCUAUAAAUCUAGUAGCAAACCACGCACUAGAUUCCUCAGUGGACCUGUGUCUCUGUCCAUCUGGUCCACUCUGAAACGACUAUGUCUAGGCAAAGAGCGCAGUAGUAGGUCUCAUCAAAGCGCUGCCACUGCUCAGACGGCCAACAGUCAGACACAGCCGUCACUCACCCCAGCCACACCUUCACCAUCCGCUCAGCCUAUUACGCGGCUCGCUCAGGCCCAGACCAACAACAGCAACAACAAGAGAUGCACGUUCACCGAUGAUCUUCACAAACUGGUAGAUGACUGGACGAAGGAGACUGUCGCGGCAGCCAAUCAGCCACGACCCUCCCUCAACCAAAUCAAACAACAGCGACGCCAACAGGACCUGGAAUGCAAAUCUUACCCACCCACGGGAGCAACUGGACAUGAGAUGAAAUGCCAUCAUGGUACCAGCAAGUUCCAGUUGCCUCUUUCCUGCCCCAUGACUGCUGCUUUAGGUCCUGGUAUGUCCACAAGCCUAGCUCCCAACUCCACAGCCAUGCUCCCUCCCGGGUACCUCCAGCCCAAUGGCUCCUAUGGUGGGAUGGUUUCCGGUCCUGUUUACUCUCAGCAGUGGCCCGGCGGGCCUAGCCCUGUAGGGUCAGUGGGCCCUUUAGGUCUGCUUGGUGCUGCAAGAAUGAUGCCCUAUAACACAAUGGCAAACCCAAGGAUCCAAAGCUUCCCUCUUACCAUGCACAACCCCAAAAACAGCACCUCUCCGAAAACCGCUAGGACUAUCUAAUCUACGAACUACAACUUGUCCAUGGGUGUGUGCGGGAUAGUCCAACUCUACUCUGCUUCACCAGAGCCACAAUUGUACAUAAUUUGAAUUUGUAAAUAAUAUGACAGAGUGUUAAUGUUCUUUAUACAACACAUACCUCCAAUCAGCCACAGCAUUGAAACCACUUGCUUAAUAUGGUGUAUGUCCCCCUCGUGCCAUCAAACCCCUACGACCCGUCGAGAUAUGGGCUCCAUACGAUCUCUGAAGUUGUCCCUGUGGCAACAAACACCAAGACAUUUGCAUCAGAUCCUCUCACAGAUGCACUAUGGGAUUGAGAUCUGGGGUAUUUGGAGACCAUGACAAUAAUUUGAACCCUGUCAUGUUCCUUUAACCAUUUCAGAUAUAUUUUUUUUUAUUUAUUAUUAUCCUGCUGAAAGAAGCCAAUGCGAUAAGGAAGGACCACCAUGAAGGCUCCGCUUGGUCUGCAAGAAUGUUAAGGCAGGUGGUAUUUGUCCGAGUAACACCCGCACAAACCCAAGGUUUCCCAGCAGAGCAUUGCCAAGAGCAUCACACUCAAAUUCCCCUUAAAGAUGCAAAGGCACCUUCUACAUGAAGAAAACAUGAUUUGUCAGACCACGCCUCCUUCCAUUCCUCUACGGUCCAGGUCCGACGGCUGUAUCACUGACGAACAGGGUCGCCACGUGAACCCGGACCGGCCUCCGGCCACAUACACACAUAUAAUACAACAGCUUUCAAUCAUAGCUGUUGUCUACCUCCACUUCCCACACGCAUCAGUGAGUUGUGGGUUCCCAUGACGAGUCAACCACUGCACACUAGGGUCACCCUAAGAAGACCUGCUGCUUUUCACAGCUGGCCCUCGUCAAAGUUGCUCAUAUUGUGACGUUUGCUUUCAACACAUCACUUUCAAGAACUAACUGUUCACCUGCUGCCUGACAUGUCCCACCUGGUGUGGAAACCAUAAAACCAGUGUCCCUUUCUCCACCUGUCAGUGGUUUUAAUGUUGUGGCUCAUUGGUGUAUAUCUGGAGUUAAUGUGUGUGUUAGUGCGCGCGCAUGUGUAAAUAAGUGUGAAUACUACACAGUACUUGUUAAGUGUGUCUGAACACCUAAUGCUUUUUGGCUUUGGUCUUUACUGAACUAAGCCAUACAAAACAUUUAGUUUUCGGUCCAGAAAGCCUAUUUCACUCUUUCUUUGUUACUGCGGUUUUCCCGUUGAUUUUUGCCUUUUUCUGUUUAUGUCCAAUUUACACACUACAUUGGAAUCCCAAAAAACCAGUGGAGUGACAAAUGGUAACAAGACAGUAUUUACAGUGAAAUAUUUGAAGGAAUGUAGUGCCUUGAACAUUGAAUUUUAUUUUUUAUUGUCGUCUUAGAAGCCAAGCAUGUCUGCAUCCAGGUUAUUUUAAUUGAUGGUUGCUUGAGUGCAGUCUCUAUUUUUUUGUUUUAUGCAUUACAGACACUUUUUUUGGUUUACAUAUUAAUGCCCUUGUAGAACUGCACUAUUAACACAGUAUAUGCUCUUAUAUAAGUAAUAAAGUCAUGUUUUAACUUUUGUUUACCUUUCACCCCUGUGACUGAUGGAAUGCCAUAGUGGUGAGACGUAUCGUUGCCUUGCAGAAACAAAUGGUUAAAGAUGAGAGGAAGAAAAAUAAUUACACCAGAAGCCAAAAUCCACUCUUUCAGGUCAAAUGGUUCAGUUGGACAUGGCCUGACUUUUCUUUCUUUUUUUGAAAAGACAACAGUGUUGUAGCCUUGUGCUCAAAGGAAAGGCUGUGUCCUGAGCCAUUUAUACUAGACGUAGUUCUUUCUACAGUAAAUGCCUCCGGUAGUGUUCUGAUCAGAAUGUAGCAGUUAAUAUGUGAUGGCUUGAGGCUUAAAAGUGCAAUUUAACCCCUCCACAAAGCUUUGAUGGUGGCCUUGCCACAAGCCUUAUCUCUGAUGUGUGCAACAGGAGCAAGCUGAAAAAGUUGAACAAAGUCACAACACACCAAACGCCAGCCAGAUAUUCCCAGGCAAAAUAUAAAUACUACAAAUCACCCAGCGAUCUCUGAAUUCACUACGAUAAAUGUUCUUUCAACUUUGCUGUCCUACUGCUCAGCAUACACUGUAUGUAACAUGUUCUGUGCAAUCACCAGUCAAGUCUGAUGGUUCUAAUUUAUUUGAUGGUUAAAGCUUGAUUCUUAUUUUUUGGGGAUGUGUGCUAUCAUCUAAGGUGAUUCCUGUGUACAGUCCAGCAUUCGAUAUACACAUGGUACUUAAAAAUAAAAGUAUUUUAACGUUUAAUUUACAAAUGCGAAUAGCUCCAAAUGCAGUGUUAUUGCCUUAUGGCAAUGUGUUGAUUUCCCAGGUUGCGUUUGAUAACGGCCUUUUAUUUUUUCUCGUCAGUUAUAUAUUGCAAAAUUCAAAUGAUACUUGAUGUGGGAGAUUUGCACAACAGAUAGUCUCCCUCAAUUCUGACAUGUUUAAGUGUUUUGUAUAUUGUGGGUUUCACCGCCUGUACUUUCUUUCAUCACAGACAAGUGGCAUGGCCAACUUCUCAAGUUCCACAAAUCAAAGCUAAACAAUACAGUAGCUAUGGUGAAAAAUGUCAAUCUCCACAACACAUAUGAAAGGUUUCAGCGCCCCAAUCCUUCCAAGCUGUGAACUGUACAGUUUUCUUGUAGUUUAUAUUUGUACAUUUUGUUUGUUUGAGGGUGGUGGUGGUGUUUGGAGGGAAUGCUUUGAUGUAUAUUGUUCCAUCAAUUCGGUUUGAAUUGGACUUUUAUAGGAUAUUAUGCAGAGUCUUCUGCUUUGGUGAAAUACUUCCAGUAGUAAGAGAUUUCUGUUCUCUGUCACUCGUAUCUGGUAAAUAUAUUUUGUUCCACCUCCUUCUGGCUGCGGAUUUCGCUUUCAGCAGAGGAGGGAAUAACUAUUGCUGCCAUGUUCGUUUUGGGUGCAGGAACAGAAGCCGAAGUGCAGAGUCACACGGUGACACUUCCCACUCCACUUGUCUCACUUCUCUCUGGACGGCUUUGCCCUUGGUGAAUACGCUCUGAUUGUCAAAAGCUUGUAUUUAAACAGUGUGGGAUUGCUUCUGCCUGCUGUAUGACCCACUGCAUUACCCCCACCCUGCCCUGCUGCACUCUAUCACACACUGUAUGUUGACAGAGAAAUAAAUAUUAUUUUGUGCUUGA